ACGAGGCGCCAUGAGAGUGGUGACGGUCCUCCUCUGCGCUACGACGCUGGCAGCGGCGGCGGUGUCGAGCGACCCCCAGUGCCCUCCCUACGAUGUGCUGGACAGGACGGUGUACCUGCCCCACCCGCACGACUGCUCCUUGUUCCUGAGGUGCGUGGCGGGGCGGCCCGCCCUGGGGCGGUGUCCCCCGGGCCAGCACUUCAGCCCCGGGAGCGCUUCGUGCGACGUCCCCGCCCGCGCCCUCUGCAAGGCCGUGCCCAACGCCUGUUCCGCGCUGCCCCCGCAGUCCUCGUGCCCGUACCGCUGCACGUGCCUCAGCGACGACAAGCAGAGCGCCUGCCCUCCCAGGCUGGAGUUCCCGGCCGAGCUGAGCCUGGUCGACGUGGCGCAGCAACCAACCUGUGAUAGAGAACUCAAUUACUUCAUGCUCAGAGGCAAUCAGCUUGGCUACCUUUCGGUCAGAAAUGCCACUGCUAUGUUCUCCACCUGCACUGCCAGUGAAGAAGGCAUGUACAUCCCACACUUCGGAGACUGCGCCAAAGGUUUCCUCUGCAAGAACGGGAGGCAGGUCACCUCCACCUGCCCGCACGGCUACCACUUGAACCUGGACUUGGGGUUCUGCGACGAGCCCCAGUACAUGAAGUGCAAGGUAUCCGAGGGACUGCCGGCGCUGACGGACUGCCUGCCGGGCGUGGCCCUGUCGUCGUGCCACCACGCCUGCACGUGCGACGUGCAGCAGGGCGCCUGCCCCGCGCAGCUCAGAUACGGCGCUGCCAUCAGCAUCUACCAUGCCCGCAGGCAGCCGGCUUGCUUGAAGGGACCAGCAGUAAUACACUUGGAGGACGAAUACUUUGGCAGCGUGGACAUCCACCCCAACACGACGAAGGUGAGCCACUGUCCAGCAGCGCACGCAGCACCCGUGUUGUUCCCCGAUCCUCUGAACUGCGAGAAGGUGCUGAGGUGCGAGCGCGGCCAAGUGCGGGAGAUCUACUGCCCGAGCCACAUGCACUACAACCCGGGCACCAAGCGGUGCGGGCCGCCCGACCCCAAGGUCUGCCAGGCGGCCCCCGUGCUCCAGCAGACCUCCCCCUAUGCCCCGGUGGGCCGGGCCAUCACCUGUCCUCCCGCCUCCCCGUGCCCGGCCACGUCCGGCGGCACGGUGGCCCACCUCACCGACUGCACCCUCUUCUGCCGGUGCGGGCAGGGGGCGCCCGCCCUGGAGGCCUGCCCCCCGGGACUCCACUACAACGCCCGGACGCAGGCGUGCGACAGCCCGCAGCAGGCCGGGUGCCAGACGUUCUGCAGUGGCCUGGGGUCGACGGCUCGCGGCGAGUGGCUCCCUCAGAGCUGCACCACCGGCCACAGCAGGGAGGGCGCCAAGUGUCAGCUCACGUGCAGCGGCAACUACAACCUGGUGGGCAGCAGCGAGGUCACCUGCACCGGCAAGGGAUGGCAAGGGACCGGAGGACUCAACGUCGUCUCCGCUUGCUCCACACCGGAAGAAAUAGCUGUGAUGAUGGUGGGCAAGAUCAACACCAUUCUCAACCAAACUAAGGAUGCAGCAUUAUUAUUCCUGUUGGACGAAUCUGGAAGCAUCACGAAACCACACUUUGAACUUGAAAAGAACUUUGUUUCUGCCAUGGUGAACGCCUUCCCGCUGUCACGUGAGCGAUCAGCCGGAGUGAUAACGUUCAGCGAUCCAGCUGCCACGAUAGAUAUUGGCCUCAGAGAAACUUCUACAUGCAAUUUCCUGUCAAGCCUGAGAAAGGUUGACUACUCAGGUGGUGGCACGAACAUUGCCAACGCGAUAAAUGUGGCCGCAAGGGAGAUCAGCAUUAAUGCACCUAAUAAGAAGACACUCCUGUUCCUGGUGACGGACGGGAAGAGCCAGACGGACCCGGCGCCGGCUGCUAGCAACCUCAGGAGCAGCAGGCACAUCCUGUUCACCAUCGGCGUGGCGGGGUACGACCGCACCCAGCUGGAGCCCAUCUCCUCCACCCACCAGGACGGCACCAAGCUCUUCUUCGGCCUGCCCGACUUCAAGGUGUUCAGGGUCGUGGCCGAGUACCUGAUGACACAUUACAACAAGGGAAACACAUAUAACUGUCCAUAAGCAGCAUUUGUAGAAUACAACUUACCACGUAUCACAUCUGGUAAGCUUGUCUGCAGUAAAUUGCACACCAUUUAUGUUUGACUUCAAUAAAAUAGUGCAUUCCAA